ACGGGGCCUUGGCGGGGCGCAGAGCCGCGGACGCCAUGAGUCAGAAGCAUGUGCUGCAAGUGUUCGAGCAGUACCAGAAAGCCCGGACCCAGUUCGUGCAGACGGUGGCGGAGCUGGCGACCAGGCCCAAGAACAUCGAGACCCUGCAGAAUGCCGGUGUAAUGUCUUUGCUGAGGCCUCUUCUUCUGGAUGUGGUCCCAACAAUUCAACAGACUGCUGUUUUGGCUCUUGGGAGACUGGCUAAUUAUAAUGAUGACCUAGCAGAAGCAGUUGUGAAGGGCGACAUCCUUCCACAGCUUGUUUAUUCAUUGGCAGAACAGAAUCGUUUCUACAAGAAAGCAGCUGCCUUUGUGUUACGAGCAGUUGGUAAACAUUCUCCUCAACUAGCUCAGGCAAUAGUUGAUUGUGGAGCUCUGGAUACGCUGGUGAUAUGCCUGGAAGAUUUCGACCCGGGAGUUAAAGAGGCGGUGGCCUGGGCCCUUGGAAAUAUUGCAAGACAUAAUGCAGAACUGUCACAAGCUGUGGUGGAUGCGGGAGCAGUUCCUCUUCUAAUACUCUGUAUCCAGGAGCCAGAAAUUGCUUUGAAAAGGAUUGCUGCUUCGGUCCUCAGUGAUAUUUCAGAGCAUUCUCCAGAGUUAGCACAGACAGUAGUGGACGCAGGAGCCAUUGCUCACUUAGCCCGGAUGAUUCUGAACCCUAAUGCAAAACUGAAGCGUCAGGUCCUUUCUGCUCUUGGGCAGAUUGCAAAACAUUCUGUGGAUCUGGCAGAAAUGGUGGUUGAAGCAGAGAUUUUUCCAGUUGUACUUACCUGCCUGAAGGACAAAGAUGAAUACGUGAAGAAAAAUGCUUCCACUUUGAUUAGAGAGAUUGCAAAACAUACCCCUGAGCUUUCGCAGUUGAUAGUUAACACAGGAGGAGUUGCUGCCAUCAUCGACUGCAUUGGGUCUUGCAAAGGAAGCAUAAGGCUGCCUGGCAUCAUGAUGCUGGGCUAUGUGGCGGCUCACUCUGAGAACCUGGCGAUGGCAGUGAUCAUUUCCAAGGGUGUGCCCCAGCUGUCAGUCUGCUUGUCAGAAGAACCAGAAGACCAUAUUAAGGCUGCCACUGCCUGGGCCUUGGGACAGAUUGGGAGACACACUCCGGAGCACGCGCGGGCUGUUGCCGUCACAAACACUUUGCCAGUUCUACUUUCUCUGUAUAUGUCAGCAGACAGCUCUGAGGAUCUUCAAGUAAAAAGUAAAAAAGCCAUAAAGAAUAUCUUACAAAAAUGCACAUAUUUACCAGCCCUAGAGCCAUUUCUGUAUGAUGCUCCUCCCAAUAUCCUGAAGUAUGUGGUUGGACAGUUCAGUAAGGUGCUGCCACAUGAUAGCAAAGCUCGACGACUUUUUGUAACAAGUGGUGGACUUAAAAAGGUUCAAGAGAUUAAAGCAGAACCUGGAUCUCUUCUUCAGGAAUACAUCAACAGUAUUAAUAACUGCUACCCAGAGGAAAUAGUAAGGUAUUAUUCUCCUGGAUAUUCAGAUACACUUUUGCAGAGAGUGGACAGCUAUCAACCAAUUAUUAACUAAGCAAAGUUACAUUUUUCUACUCAAAUUCACAGCAGAGUAGUUAUGAAUAACAAUUAUUUAACCUCUUUCUAAACAUUUGAA